CGGAAGAAGUGUCACAUGUUUGACCAACCUCUAAAGUCCUGCUGAAUGUGCAUCCAGCUAUCUUUAGGUAAUAACUCCUUUAUAAAAAGCGUGUGUAAAUGUAUAAACAAGUAUUAAAAAAUCAAUCGUAGCGGGCUAUUUUAAAUUGUUGUGACGUAUUUAAUAUGAAUACGCUCCAUGUGAAGCUCAGGCCCUUUUUACUUCAGUAUGUUAAAGACAGAGCUGUCUUUGCUGCUCCUCCGACUGUCGCGCGCUGUGAUUUUCCUUUACAUCGGACUGUUUUCCAGUUUUUCCGAACAAUGGCUGCUAAUAACAGUAAUAACCCGGAGAUGAGGCAGCCGCCAGGAGGAAGGAAAGCCAAACAGAAGGAGCCUCUGCGGCGGUUUAAGACCAAAGAGAAGAGGGAGAACCGAGAAAACCAGGGACCGUCCACAGUGUACCUGCAGGUGCUCGGUGCUGGGAGCAGGGACAAUGCUGCCACACUGUAUGUCUUCUCCGAGUUCAACAGAUAUCUGUUCAACUGUGGUGAAGGAACACAGAGACUCAUGCAGGAGCACAAACUGAAAGUUGCUCAACUGGACAACAUCUUCCUAACCAGACUGAGCUGGGAGAAUGUGGGAGGUUUAUCAGGGAUGAUUUUAACGCUGAAGGACACCGGUGUUCCACAGUGUGUUCUCUCUGGACCGCCACAGCUGGAAAGCUUUGUGAGCGCCAUCAAGUCAUUUUCUGGACCACUGGAACAUAUCAAGCUGUCGGUUCGACCGUACACUGAAGAGACGUACAGCGACCAAACAAUGACUGUUUAUCAGGUGCCCAUAUUUGCUCAGUUGACGGGUGAUGGCAGUCAGCUCUCCUCAACCUCCUCAGACGGCAUCCACACUAACAGCCACGAAGACAAUCCAGUUAGUCCAGCUCCCAAACAGCCCACAACCAGAGAUAACUCUCUUUUGGUUUCCUUCAUAUGUAAGCUUCACCCCAAAAAAGGAAAUUUCCUCGUCCCUCAAGCCAAGGAGCUCGGUUUGCCUGUAGGCACAGCAGCCAUCGGUCCGAUCAUAGCAGCUUUGAAGGACGGCAAAAGCAUCACGUACAAAGGAAAAGAGAUUCGUCCGGAGCAGGUUUGCACUCCCACUUACCCAGGACCAGUCUUUAUCAUCGUCGAGUGUCCGUCUGAGGAGUUUGUUGAAGCUGUUUGCACCAAUGAGCAGCUACAAAGAUAUCAAACAGGAGGGACAGAGAACCCCGCUGUGUUGGUCGUCCAUGUGACUCCAGAGUCUGUUUUGUCAACAGAUCAAUACAAAAAGUGGAUGGAGAGGUUUUCAUCCACAACCGAACACCUGAUCCUUAAUGAACAAGUCUCCAUGGUCCACAACAUCCGGAGUCAUAAGCUUCAGGCUCAGCUGAACAUGAUUCACCCAGAGAUCUUUCCACAGCUCAGCUUUUUUAAAACGAAGGAGGCUCGGGCUGCCCUGCACGUCCCCAACGUCAGAGCCGAGUGUCUACUCAAGUUCCAGCUCAGACCCGUAAUGGAGUGGCAAAGAGACGCCAUCCCCUCCUGCAACGAUGAAGAGUUUGUGAAAGAGGCUUCUGAGGUCCCAAACUUUCUGGAAGAAGUGGACAAGUGCAGAAAGAUUUGCUCCACUGACGCUGCAGAGCUUUCUGGGAAGGGAGAAAAAUACCCAGAGGUGGUUUUCUUGGGAACAGGAUCAGCUCUUCCCAUGAAGACCAGAAACGUCAGCGGCACAUUAGUUAAUAUCAGUCCGAGUCAGGCCGUGCUGUUGGACUGUGGAGAGGGAACCUUUGGUCAGCUCUGCAGACACUAUGGGGACGCUGUGGACGAGGCUCUGUCCAAGAUCUCAACCGUCUUCAUCUCACACAUGCAUGCUGACCACCACACGGGGCUGCUCUUGUUGCUCUAUCAAAGGGAAAGAGCUCUGACCACGUUAGGAAAAGAGUUCAGUCCCAUCUACCUGGUGGGUCCGUGGGACAUGAUGACCUGGCUCAAGCAAUAUCACAAUCACUGCCAGAGGAUCCUUCAACAUGUCCUCCACAUCCCCAGCAAUACUCUGUGCGAUGGUGCUAAGGAGCCAAAACCAUGGAUGAUUUCAUAUAUCGAAGCGAUGCUGAAGAUGAAUGAUCUGGAAAAGUUCCAGACGUGCACAGUGCGACACUGUAGGAACGCCUACGCCUGCAGCUUCACUCACCAGUCAGGCUGGAAAGUGGCCUUCUCUGGCGACUGCAUGCCCUGCGACGCCUUCGUACACAUCGGAAAGAAUGCAACCUUACUGAUCCACGAGGCCACGCUAGAAGACGGGCUGGAGGAGGAGGCUGUAGAGAAAAGACAUAGCACAACCUCCCAGGCCAUCGGUAUCGGCAUGAAGAUGAACGCCGAGUUCAUCAUGUUGAACCACUUCAGCCAGCGCUACGCCAAGAUCCCUCUCUUCAGUGAAGACUUCAGCGACAGAGUCGGGAUUUCUUUCGACCACAUGAGGACUCGCUUUGGGGACUUUAAAAUCCUCCCCAGGCUCAGUCCAGCACUUAAAACCCUUUUUGCCGAGGACAUAUGUGAGAUGGAGGAGAGAAGAGAGAGGAGGGAGCGCUGGAAUCCUAAAGGAAGCAGCUCCGAGGUGAACAGUGAGCAGAAGACGAGCGACAUCAGCCGAGGUGCCAAAAGAGACCAGGAGGAGGCAGCGACGCACAACAUAGAGACGAAGAGGCUGAAGAUCAACUGAAGCUGCAGCGAUGAUCUGUUUAAGACAUACAGACUUUUAGUUUCCCUUAUUUAAGAUUUUUAUUCGGCUCAUGUGGUUUGGUUAAAGAAGAAUCAUGUAUAUUUUCUGCAUUGCAGUGUACAAAGCUGAGCUAUGAGAAGAGUUUUUGUUUUUCAUUAAAGAGAAUAAAGCGAUACCAGACAGUC